AUGUACAAUGAAGCAUUGAUUGCUAUUGAGGAAUUUUGCAUUGUCAUUGCCAACUUACCACUUAGUAAUUUCGGUAUGAAUUCGCCAAAUCGAACUGCAUCUGAUUUAAUGAAUACUGAAAUGAAUCGUGAACUGCAGUACAGUACUGUAGAAAUGGCAGCGAUUGUUGCCCGCAAUGUCCCACUAAUGAAUGAGGAACAAAGAACCAUUUAUGAUCGAAUUAUGCUCGCAGUUUCAGCUGGACAAGGUGGGUUCUUCUUUUUGGAUGCACCGGGUGGAACUGACAAAAUAUUCGUUAUUUCGCUAAAUCAUGCUGAAAUACGAUCAAAUAUUGGCAUCGCAUUGGCCGUUGCAUCAUCGGGCAUUGCAGCAACUUUAUUGGAUGGAGGUAGAACAGCUCAUUCAGUAUUUAAGCUGCCACUAAAUAUUCAGAAUAACCCUGACGCAGUAUGCAACAUUAAGAAACAAUCCUCCAUGGCCACUGUGCUGAAACGGUGUAAAAUUAUUAUUUGGGAUGAAUGUACUAUGGCACACAAACAUUCACUUGAGGCGUUAAACAGGACAUUGAAAGAUAUUAAAAACAGUGACAAACUAUUUGGGGGAACUCUGUUGGUCCUUUCAGGUGAUUUCGGACAAACACUUCCAGUCAUUCCACGUUCAACAUACGCUGAUCAGAUCAAAGCUUGCAUAAAAUCAUCUCCACUGUGGCAGUACGUCGAUUGA